UAUUCAGGCGAUCGUCAAACAACAAAUGUAACAGAGUGGCAUAUUGCACUGUUUUCCGUCACGAUGGACUCGUCAGGUAGGAAGGACCGCGUCGCUUAGACCUCAGUUGAUUAUUUCCAGUCCGAAAAUUUCAGAAGGAAAAAUUUGACGAAAUUUAGUGCGAAAUAGAUGUGCAUCAGCAUCACAUUGCAGUCACGUACUCACACCCACUUGCCAGCCAAGUCGCCAUGGCUCGCAGGUCGCUCUCAUGGUGUCCAUCCUUCCCUGCUAGCUAGGUACAGUACAAAUGGUAAGUUCCUUGUAGCCUACAGUAACCAAGGUUAAACUAAACUUUAUGCAACAUCGAGUAUUAAUAAGUACACCUAAUCCUUGUGUGUGUGUGUGUGUGUGUGUGUGUGUUUGAAGAUUCCUAAUCCUUGUGUUGCUUCUGAGUUGUGACUUGUGUACAAGUGUGCGGUGAAGGUUGAGGUGACCACUGACCAGGCGGCAAGCGUGCAGCGCGAGGGCACCAUGCUUCCCAGGAAGUUGUUGUUGUUGCUGCUUGUGGCAGUGGGUGUCGAGGCCGGCGUCGAGUUCGCCUACGAGGGCUUCCCCGGCGCUGGGCUGGCGCUCGAUGGCAUAGCAAGCGUCACGCCGGACGGGCUGCUGCUGCUCACCAACGACACCGACUUGAACGUAGCCCACGCCUUCCACCCGGCCCCGGUCAGGUUCCACCGGACGUCCUCCUUCUCGACCACUUUCGUGUUUGCCAUCGUGUCGGAGCUCGUCGACCUGAGCACCAGCGGGUUCGCGUUCCUGGUCGCGCCGAGCAGCAGGGACCUGUCUUCGACGAUGGCGGCGCAGUACCUGGGACUGUUCAACGCCAGCGACAACGGCGACCCGAGGAACCGCGUCUUGGCCGUCGAGCUGGACACCGUGCGCAACCCGGAGUUCGCGGACAUGAACGACAACCACGUCGGCGUCGACGUCAACAGCCUCAACUCCUCGGCGGCUGCCAUGGCAGGCUACUACGACGACGCCACCGGCGCAUUCCGGAACCUUAGCCUGGCAAGCCGGGAGCCCAUGCAGGUGUGGGUGGACUACGACGCUGCCGCGACGGAGAUCACCGUGGCCUUGGCUCCGGCGCGGUCUCCCCGGCCCAGGAGGCCGCUCCUGACCACAAGGAUAGACCUCUCAACGGUCGUCGCCGACACGGCGUACGUCGGCUUCUCGUCGGGGUCCAGCAUCGUGCUGUGCAAGCACUACGUGCUCGGCUGGAGCUUCAGCCUGGACGGCGCAGCUCCAGCGCUCGACCACGCCAAGCUGCCGACCCUACCCCGCAUUGGCCCCAAGCCCCAGUCGAAGACGCUCGCCAUCGCGCUGCCGAUCGUCACCACGGCGGCCGUCCUCGCGGCGGUCGGCGUCGGCCUCUUGUUGCUCCGCCGGCGGCUCAGGUACGCGGAGCUGCGCGAAGAUUGGGAGGUGGAGUUCGGGCCGCAGCGGUUCGCGUUAAAGGACCUGUACGACGCCACCGCCGGGUUCAAGGACAAGCGGCUGCUCGGCGCCGGAGGGUUCGGGAGCGUGUACAGGGGCGUGCUCCCGGGGUCACGGGCCGAGGUGGCCGUGAAGAGGGUGUCACACGAGUCGAGGCAGGGGAUGAGGGAGUUCAUCGCGGAGGUGGUAAGCAUCGGCCGGCUCCGGCACCGCAACCUCGUACAGCUGCUCGGCUACUGCCGGCGCAGAGGGGAGCUGUUACUGGUAUACGAUUACAUGCCAAAUAGCAGCCUCGACAAACACCUGCACGGGCAAGGGCAAGGGCACGGCCACGCUCUGGGCUGGGCGCAGAGGCUCCGGAUCAUCAGAGGCGUCGCAUCAGGGCUGGUGUACAUGCACGAGGACUGGGAGCAGGUCGUCAUCCACCGGGACAUCAAGGCCAGCAACGUGCUCCUGGACGGCGAGAUGAACGGGCGGCUCGGCGACUUCGGCCUCGCGAGAUUGUACGAUCAUGGCGCGGACCCGCAGACCACGCAUGUGGUGGGCACCAUGGGGUACCUAGCGCCGGAGCUGGUGCGCACCGGCAAGGCGACGACCCUCUCCGACGUGUUCGCCUUCGGGGCGUUCCUCCUGGAGGUCGCCUGCGGUAGGAGGCCCAUCGAGAUCGAGGAGGGGAAGGAGGACGUCGACGGCUUCGUGCUGGCGGACUGGGUACUGGGGCACUGGCGGAAUGGCGCCAUUACCCGCGCGGUGGACGCGAAGCUAGGCACAGGGUAUGACGCCGGAGAGGCGGACACCGUGCUGCGGCUGGGGCUGACGUGCCUGCACCCGUCGCCCGCGGCGCGCCCGAGCAUGAAACAGGUGACGCAGUACCUCGACGGCAGCGCGCCGUUGCCAGAGCUUCCCCCGACGUACGUGACGGUCAACAUGCUUGCCGCCAUGGAGGCGCACCAGGGCGUCCUUGGCACGUGGGCGGUCUGGCGGUCGGCGUCGAGCGUCGCCACCAUGUCUGACAUUGGCCUCUCCGGCCGAUGACAGAGGCAAGCUGAUCAACACGUUACUAGGAAGACUGGUCUGAUGAAUGUAUGUUUGGAUCGCUGUGAUGCUUAGAUCUGAAUUGACAACUGGACAUAUAUGAGAUUUCUACAGUUUUAGUUAACAUAUGAAGUAUAGGAUUUUCCUGGAAUAGUAGAGGGGUUAAAACUUAAAAGAAGAAUCAUGAGUUCACUCUCA